GCAAAAAAAUAGUGAAAGAAAAAUUAAAAAUAUUUUAUUAUAGAUCAAUGAGUAUCACCGAGAGUAGUUUGAAGCGAUGGAAAACAAAGCAAAAGUCGUGGAAAAUGAUAAAAGAUUGUUUGAUAAUGAAAAUUUAAAUAGGAAUUUGUUAAAAGAUUUAAUUUAUUAUGUGGAAGAAUUUCUGAGUAAAAAAGAUGAAGUCACAAAGCAUCUUGCAGAUAUAAUAAAGCGGAUCUUCUACAGUAAUUUAAAAGUUCUCGAUAAAAAUGGUCAACCGAAUAUUCGACGAGUUUUUGGCAUUCUAGACUUCCUCAAUCAAAAAUGUGUGGACGAACAGCGACUCCACUUUAAUAAAUGGCUUCUCGAGAAUAUCCAUAAAGGAAAGUUAUCCAAUUUCCUGUCCUUCAUUUUAUCAGACACAGAACACAUUAAAAAUUGCUAUGAGUCAUCUGCUUUUAUUCGAUCCGAGGCUUAUCAGAAUGCCUUGAUGCUUUGCAUUCUCGCGUUGGAAUCAAAUCAGCGAAGUCACUUAUCGAAAAUCGACAAAACAUUAUACGAGAAAAAUAAAGCAGGUCAUAGACGAAGCAUAUCACAGCCAUUUAUUCCAACGCCACAACAAAUACCAAGGAAAUCAAUUUUAUCGCACUUAAAAAGAACUUCAAGGACGUUUGACUCUUACAGCAAUAGUAGUGUCGAAAAAGUGAAAGUUUUAAAUCAUCGACGAUGUAAGAGUUUGCCGAAUUUAAGCCAUGAAAGUUACAGCAAUCGUCCACGAUCAAAAACAAUAACGAUUAAUAAAAAUAAUAGUACAUUUAAUAAGAGAGUAUCAUUUAAGAGCGAAGUUGGAACCGAUCAAGUGCCUUUUUUUGAGUAUCGAGACACCGCAUCAACAAACAUGAAUAAUUUAAGUAAUUCUAAACAAUCAAUCGUGCCUAUUCAUCUUGUAAAAGUUGAUGACAUCAAAAUUCAUACUGAUUAUCGCUUCACAUCAGAUUCUAGGUCGAGUAAUCAAUUGAUAAGUCCAGCAUCGAGUAAUUCCUCAUCUAAAUUGUCAUUGACACCAAAACGAUCAUUUUUUAGUUUCUUUGAAUCGCCAUUAAUUGCAUCUAAGAUUCAUAGUCCAGAUUUGUUGGAAGCAUCAUGCAGUACGAGUCCAUCAGAGUUGUUCCUUACUGAAACUGUCGUUGCUGGUGAAAAGAUUCGAUCAAAAUCGACAAUUGUCACACCAAAUUUACUCAAAAAUGGCAAAGAUGGAACCAAAAAACGCAAAUCAAGUCGUCAAAAUUUGUUGCAAUUAAUUCACACGAUUAACAGCUCAAGGCAGAAGGUCGAGCUGGAACGUGAAAACUUACAUUUUUAUUAUUCCGAAGCUAUAAUUUCAACAUGUGAACAAAUCAAGUGGAAUAAGAUGUUUGAUGAGAAAUACAAAAUUCCAAAAGAUUGUCGAAUUAAGCAAAGCUUAUCACAUAACAAUUCACAAAAGAAUUUACAGCCACCACCUAAAAUCCAAGCUAAGAAAUUCAUUAUUGGUUCCGUUGAGGACGAUACAGAAUCGAGUGUGUCGUCAGAUGAGCCACAAGUUGAAAUUAGAAAGUCUUCAUCAAGUUCUGAUGAUAUUAGUGAAAAUACCCCACAAAUGGAAUGGACAUCAUCUUUAGAUUCACAUUGUGCUGAAAGCAUCGCAUUGUCUUUAAUGUCCAAAUUUAAAAAUGUCAAAAUUCCAACUGUCAAUAACUUUUCAUGGCUUGUUAAUGAAUCUCAAGCACCACAACAGUUACUUCCAGUGCCUGACAGCUAUCCUAUUAAUCCAGAUGAAUGCUUUACAUUUAAUACAAUUCGUGGAUCUUCUUAUUGGGCACCGCCUCGUCAACAAAUUAUUUUUACUGUCCAUCCACCGCCUGAUAGGAAACGAUGCAUGCUGCAACAAGCAAAUCGAUGUGCAGGUUGUGGUAUUAAAAUUGCUCCAGCUUACAUCCAUAAGCUUCGUUAUUGUGAUUAUAUUGGAAAGUAUUUCUGUUCGUCAUGCCAUAAAAUGCAAGUUUCAGUCAUACCAGCUAGAGUAUUAGACAAAUGGGAUUUUACACCAUUUGCAGUCAGUAAUUUUGCGUAUAAAUGGCUUGAUCAAAUUUGGAAUUUACCAUUAUUUCAUGUAAGUGAUUUAAAUCCAAAAUUGUACCAGAAAGUUAAGCCAUUGACGGCAGCAAGAGAAGCUCGAUUACAGCUCAAAUAUGUCUCAGAUUUCAUUAAAGAAUGUCGAUUUACUGAGCGAGAGAAGGAAUUGAUAGCUGCUGUGUCUGAUCAUUGGAUAGAUGAUGUUGAUAUAUGGAGUAUGGUUGACUUUAUGAAUGUUAAAAAUUCUACAUUCUCGAAUUCUAUUCAGGAUAUAAUCAAGCAGUGUGAAGAUCAUAUUAUUAAAAAUAAUUGUGAACUCUGCACAGCGCGAGGAUUUAUUUGUGAACUUUGCCCAAACAAACGAGACGUCAUAUUUCCGUGGAUGAAUAAAGUUAAGCGUUGUAUUGCUUGUGGCUCAUGUUAUCAUGAAAAAUGCUUCAUAACGCAAUGCAGUAAAUGCGAACGAUUAAAAAGACGAAAGCGAUUAGUCAAGCAAAUGUCUGGAAAUUUUAACAAAACUAAUAUUUCGUCGUGAUCAACUGUGAUUCAAAAAGUAAUCUUACUUCCUUGCUUUCUUGUUAUUUGCUUGUAUUAAAAUCCUUUAUAAAUUAUUUCUUUUGUCCUCUUUAUUAAUCUUGAUAUGUCAAUUAUCAUCAUUACAUUAUUGCCAAAAACCAUACUACGAAAUGUUCAUUUACAAUUUUUGCGAUUUAGUGAAUUUUUUAAACGAAU